AUGGCAGGCGUGCAUCCGACCCUAACACCUCAAAGUGUGGCGAUCUCGUCCGCUCUGGCCGGCGUGGCUUCUCACCUAGGCUACUUCAUCCGCGGCGAGCAUCAUCUGGAGGUCUUGCCGCUUUUUUUCCUGGCCGUCGCCUCGCCGGUGGCCGCCAUCGCAGGCGAGAAGUAUUAUCUGGGGCUGGAGACCCAUGAAGCCGUCCUGAUCACGGCGGUCGCCUGGGUCAGCUACUACGCGGCCCUCUUUGCCAGCAUCGUCGUCUAUCGGGUCUUCUUCCAUCGGUUGAGGAGGUUCCCUGGUCCGUCACCGGCCAAGGUGACCAAACUAUACCACGUAGCGCAGGUUGCUGGACGCAGAAACAACUGGCUGGUCAGGCACGCGUGGCAUCAGAAAUAUGGCGAUAUUGUCAGGACCGGCCCGUCGGAGCUCUCCAUCACCGUGCCAGCCGCGGUGCCGCUGGUCUUGGGCCCCGGGUCCAAAUGUACCAAGUCCGACUGGUAUGAUAUGGCCAAGCCGAUUGAUUCGAUGCACACCAUCCGAGUCAAGCAGGUCCACGAUGCAAGGCGAAAGAUCUGGGAUUUGGGAUUCAAUUCUAAGGCACUCCGGAGCUACGAAGGUCGGAUCCUGAAAUACAGCCACCAGCUCGUGGACGCGCUCUCCCGCCAGACGGGUGAGCCUCUCAACGCGACCGAAUGGUUCAACUACUACUCAUUCGACGUCAUGGGCGACCUGGCUUUCGGGAAGUCGUUCGACAUGCUGAGCACGGGCAAAGAGCAUUUCUUCCUGCAGCUCGUGCACAAGGGUCAGUCGCCCGUCGGCAUCUUCACCCCGGCCCCGUGGCUAGCCAUCCUGUUGAAGGAGGUGCCGUUCGCCAUGCGCACGUUCCACAGGUUCCUGGCCUGGUGUGAGCUUCAGGUUGAGGAGAGGAAGAAGAUCAACAUGGCCGAACCGGAUGUCAUGUCCUACAUCAUCGACUCGGCCAACAAGGCGCAAAAUCCCCAAGAAGCCCGGCUGUGGCUCCAGGCCGAUUCGAGGCUGAUCAUCGUGGCUGGAAGUGACACCACCGCCGCCACUCUAACCAACGCCUUCUACUACAUGAUCAAAGACCCCGUCCAUCUGAAGCGGCUCCGCGACGAACUCGACCCGAUCCGACUGGACGACGGCACGUUCAAUUUCAAAGACCUCCAAGGCGCAGAGUACCUCAACGCCGUCAUCAACGAGACGCUAAGACUGCAGCCGCCGGUGCCGUCGGGCUUGUAUCGCAAAACGCCGCCGGAGGGAAUCAGCGUCAAUGGCGUUUAUAUCCCGGGGGAUGUCACUGUCAGUGUGCCGUCAUAUACUCUUGGGCGAUCCGAAGCCGCAUUCGCCCGAGCCGAAGAAUUCAUCCCCGAGCGAUGGACCUCCAAGCCGGAGCUGGUCAAGGCCAAAGAAGCAUUUGCGCCAUUCUCACUGGGCCCAUACAGCUGCAUCGGCAAACAACUGGCGCUCAUGGAACUCCGCGACGUGAUUGCUCAACUCAGCACGACAUUCAACGUCGACUGGGCCCCGGGCUACACUGGUUCUCCGGAGGACGGGAUGGAGGAUAUCUUCACGGUUGCGCUGGGCAAGAUGGACGUCGUCUUCACUGCGAGGGAGGGGGUUGUGGCUUAG